AUGGACGACCUUAAUAUAGACUUUCCACUCUUCAAAGAGAGAAUAUUGAAGUUACACAAGAGCUUCCACGAUUUUGAGAAUGGUCCCGAUUCGUUGCUGUUUACUUUGGGUUCCUCCAAUGCGGAAAACCCGUACCAGAAAACCACCAUAUUCCAUAACUGGAUCUUGGGUUACGAAUUUCCUGCUACAUUGAUUGCACUGGUCCCAGGUAAGAUUAUUUUUAUCACCAGUGCUGCGAAGGCCAGACAUUUGCUGAAAGCAGUGGAACUCUUCAAGAAGGAGGAGGACGGCGUCACGCUGGAGAUCUGGCAGAGAAACAGUAAAGAGCCAGAACACAACAAAAAGCUGUUUGAGGAUGCAGUGGAGGCAGUCGCCAGCGCUGGUAAAAACGUCGGGGUGCCGGUCAAGGAUUCUUACCAGGGGAAGUUCAUGCACGAGUGGAAUCCGAUCUGGGAGGAGGCCGUCAAGGCACGCGAGUUCAACGUCGUUGACGUUUCGCUAGGGCUGUCAAAAAUAUGGGAAACAAAGGACCCGAAGGAACAAGCGUUCAUAGCCGUUGCUAGUUCAGGUUCUGACAACUUCAUGAACCUGAUGACAGACGAGCUGGUUAAGGCUGUCGACGAGGAAUUGAAGAUCACCAAUGCGAAACUCGCUGACAAAGUGGAAAACAAAAUAGAUGACGCGAAGUACUUGAAGAAAAUUUCUCCGCAACUGGCAGCAUUGUGUCCUGAGUCGCAUAAAUUCAACAUCGAUCUGCUGGACUGGACUUACUCCCCAAUCUUGCAAUCGGGACAAAAAUUUGACUUAAAAGUAUCUGCUAGGUCAGAUAACAACCAACUAUACGGUACCGGUUGUAUCCUUGCGUCGUGCGGUAUUCGUUACAAUAACUACUGUUCCAACGUCACUAGGACUUUCUUGAUUGAUCCAUCAGAGGAGGUUGUCAGCAACUACGAUUUUCUGCUACAGCUGCAACGGGAAAUUGCCAGCAGUUUUUUGAAAGUUGGCAAGACUCCAAAGGAAGUGUACGAAUCAACUGUACAGUACAUUGAAAAGGAAAGACCAGAUAUGUCUCCACAUUUCACCAAAAAUGUCGGCUUCCUUUUGGGUCUUGAGUUUAGAGACUCGAACUUUGUGCUGAACGCAAAGAACGACUAUCGUAAAGUCCAACGCGGGGACUGCUUCAACCUUUCGUUUGGGUUCAACGACUUGAAAGACUCUAAAUCGGGCAAUAACUAUGCAUUGCAACUCGCCGAUACUGUUCAGAUCCCACUGGAUGAGACGCAAGACCCAGUGUUCCUGACCACAUGUACCAAAUCCAGAGCCCAAAUAUCUUUCUAUUUCAACAAUGACGAAGAGGAUGAUUCCAAGAAGAAAAAGCCUGUGCCGUCCGCCAAGCACGAACUGAAUUCUAAGAUUUUAAGAACAAAACUACGUGGGGAGGCUCGUAACGAAUCAGAGGACGCCCAAAAGGAGCAGAUUCGUAGAGAGAACCAAAGGAAAUUACACGAGAAAUUGCAAAAGGACGGUCUGCUGCGGUUCAGUGCAGCCGAUGCGACUGGUACAGAUAGUGAACCCUUACAAGUGUUCAAGAAAUACGAAUCUUACGUGCAUGAAUCUCAGAUUCCAAAUAACGUUCGUGAUUUGAGAGUACACGUCGAUUGGAAGACACAGACCGUUAUCCUACCGAUUUACGGUAGGCCAGUUCCGUUCCAUAUCAACUCUUACAAAAAUGGUUCUAAGAAUGAGGAAGGGGAAUACACAUACUUACGGUUGAAUUUCCACGCGCCGGGAUCAUCAGGAGGUUUUUCCAAAAGAAUCACAGAAUUACCCUAUGACGACUCUCCAGAUAAUCAAUUUGUUCGUUCUAUAACUCUGAGAUCCAAGGAUGGUGAUCGGAUGGCGGAUGCAUUCAAGCAAAUUGUGGAUUUGAAGAAAGAAUCGACAAAGAGAGAACAGGAACGGAAAGUCAUGGCUGACGUUGUUCAACAAGACAGGUUGAUUGAAAACAGAAGUGGAAGAACCAAAAGACUAGACCAAAUAUUUGUUAGACCAAGUCCGGAUGCUAAGCGUGUCCCAAGUACUGUGUUCAUUCACGAGAACGGUAUCAGAUACCAAUCUCCUUUGAGGACAGACAGUAGAAUAGACAUCCUAUUCUCCAACAUAAAAAAUCUGGUCUUCCAAUCCUGUAAGGGCGAACUGAUUGUCGUUAUCCAUAUACAUUUGAAGAAUCCAAUCUUGAUGGGAAAGAAAAAGAUUCAAGAUGUGCAAUUUUACCGUGAAGCCUCCGAUAUUGCAGUCGAUGAAACUGGUGGUGGCAGACGUGGCCAGAGCAGAUUCAGAAGAUAUGGGGACGAAGAUGAACUUGAGCAAGAACAAGAAGAAAGAAGGAAGAGGGUCGCUCUCGAUAAAGAAUUCAGGUACUUUGCGGACGCUAUUUCUGAAGCCUCAAAGGGUCUUGUGAGUGUUGAAAGCACCUUCAGAGACCUGGGUUUCCAAGGUGUCCCUAACAGAUCUGCAGUAUUUUGUAUGCCAACUACCGAUUGUUUGGUCCAACUGAUUGAACCUCCAUUCUUGGUGGUCAACCUGGAAGAGAUCGAAAUUUGUAUCUUGGAAAGAGUGCAGUUUGGUUUGAAGAAUUUUGAUGUUGUCUUUGUUUACAAGGAUUUUAACAAACCUGUAACCCAUAUCAACACGGUCCCAAUUGAAUCUCUAGAUUUCUUGAAGCAAUGGUUGACUGAUAUGGACAUUCCAUACACUGUUUCGACAAUUAACCUGAACUGGAGCACGAUUAUGAAGUCGUUGCAAGAAGAUCCUCAUCAAUUUUUCUUAGACGGUGGCUGGAGUUUCUUAGCUACUGGUUCUGAUGACGAAGCGUCCGACGAGAGUGAGGAAGAAAUUAGUGAGUACGAGGCGUCUGAAGAAGACCCUAGUGAUGAAAGUGCAAUCUCCGAAGAUGACUAUUCUGACAGCGAGGCAGAUGAUGUGAGUGACGCCGAUGGAGACGAUUUCAGCGGUGGAUCCAGUCAAGAGGAAGGUGAAGACUGGGAUGAAUUGGAAAAGAAAGCGGCAAAGGCUGAUCGUACAAGUGCUAUAAGGGAUUAA